CCUCCGAUCUUUCUCGGAACUCGGUGGUGGCAGCAGCAGCAGAGUAAGAGAGAGAGUGGAAGUGCGGGCGGUGUGGAUAAAAGUGCUUUUUUAAGUUUUGGCUGCUGGCUGCAGCCUCUGAUGUUGUUGGGGAAUCAGUGUGAGAGCAGUGAAAGGAGAAAUUAGUGGUUGAUGAUGACGGCGGAGGUGGUCAAUAAUGAUGACGGAGCCGCGGGUUCUCUGUUGGGGCGGGGGCGGGUUACCAAAUUAGGGCAAACACUUGCCAUUUAUUAUUCGGCCUCUGGCUGCUUUAGAUCGAAUCGGAAACAUCGUUUUCUCCACGCCUUGCUUUUCCACUAUGGGUCGUGCGUUUUUGUGACUCUGAGGACUGGGGAUUUUGGGGACUUGAGAGAACAACGGAGAAAAAAAGCAAAGCCAAAGCCAAAGCCAAAAAAAAGAGAUGCUGCUGUUGCUUUCUCCUCUCUCUCUCUCUCUCUGCUUUUCCUUUUUUUUUUUUUUCCAUUAUGCUAUUUCGCUUUCUUUCUCUUCCGGGAAGCGCAUAAACGACAGCGUUUGACUCACCUCCCCCCACCCCACCCCUUAACGCACAUUGUUUCUGGUCAGAAUUUGUGGAGAGGGAAAGUGAGUGGCUCAAAAAGUUGUCAAUGGAAGCCUAGAAACGGCACCGUCCUUUUGGGCCAGCCCCACUCUGCUAUAUACCCUUCUUUUUUUUUUUUUUUUUUUCGGUCCCCGACCCCAGCUUUGAAGGCAUCUACCCUACGUACACGUAUCGGAGUAGCUCGGUCCCGAUGGGUGAUCCGAAAGGAUCAUCUGCUAAAUUACUUGUCUCUCCACUGAAAAGGAGAUCUAGCAAAAUAGGUCAAUGAGUUCACUUUCAGUGAUGGAGUGGAACACCAAGCAUCCCUUGCAGUGGGAGUGGGAAAAUCUGGUUACAUCUGGUCCCAAGGCAACUGACAAUAUGAAGGUCUGGCAACCUUCUGAGUGGGGAAUUGAGGCAGAGGAGGGAAUGGACUCUGGAUCUUUAUACUCAUAUAGAGGUGGCUCCGCUAGUGGUGGCAGCAGUGGUGGAACCAGCUUUGAUCCUGGAUACACUUGCUUGUCAAAGAGUUCAAAGUCACCCUCCAUGAAUUCCUCAUCAACCGAAGAAAUGAAAUUCCCGAAAUUCUCAGUUGAGGCUUGUAAAGGUUACCCUGAAGAUUUUAGUUGCAAGAGGGAUAUUGCUACAGCUGAAUUAUGUGGAGCUUCUCCAACACUUGAGUCCUCAGUCUGCUCUGGUGAACCAUUGCUCAGUCUAAAGCUUGGUAAACGAACCUACUUUGAAGAUAUCUCGGACGGGAGCAAUCCUAGGGCCUCAAAUUUCCCUUUGGUUGCCAAAUCUCCUGAUGCUUCGGCAAAGAAAAUGAAGUCCACUAGUCAGAACAUGCCUGCUCCCUGCUGCCAAGUGGAAGGCUGUAACAUUGAUCUCUCUUCUGCUAAAGAUUACCACCGAAAGCAUAGAGUCUGUGAGAGCCAUUCCAAGAGCCCAAAAGUCGUUGUAAAUGGCGUAGAACGACGUUUCUGUCAGCAGUGUAGCAGGUUCCAUGGGCUGUCAGAGUUUGAUGAAAACAAGCGUAGCUGUCGUAAGCGUUUGUCUGAUCAUAAUGCUAGGCGCAGGAAGCCACAUCCUGAUGUAGCCCAUUUUAACCAAUCAAGGUUAUCUACGAUUAUCUACGGUAGCUUGCAACAAAUGAAUUCUAUUUAUUCUGGAGUUCCAUUUGAGCACACCAAGUCUUCUGUCAACUUAACAUGGUCAAACCCAUCAACUCUCAAGUUCAUGCAAACAAAAGGAGAUGCUUUGAAGCCUGGAAAAGCUGGAGAUGUUGAGGGGAAUCCACGUCAUAGUAAUAAGCUGUCUAACACCAUGAGGCCCGUCACUGCAAGAAGAGAUGGUUAUGAGCUACUUCCUCUCAAAGGCACCACUGUCAAGACUCUUGAUGGAGGUUCAGAAGAGUCUCUGAUCUCUUCAAGCGGCUUGGAUGCUCCACAGGAUCUUCAUCGUGCUCUCUCUCUUCUGUCAACUGAUUCUCGUGAUUCAUGCAAACAAUCUAAGCCUGCCCUCCACGAUAUGAACAACGUGAACAUUCCCAAGCCUUGUACUUAUGGAGUUCCUCAAAGCUUAGGCUUACCCCUCAGUUCAACCAAGUACUGGAACAUGGAACAAUGGCCGAGCAACACUCAGAGGCAUGACUUGACUCCACAGAGCGGUGGAAAUGGCAGCAGUUUUGGCAACAGCAACUUUUCAGAAUGCCUGCUCCCCUCUGAGGGUCAACACCUGUUUGGGUUUGAGCCGGUCCAUCUAAAUUGACAGCUAUAUCCCAGGUAUCAGACAUCGAAAUAUAUUUGCCCAUUCUUCCUGUGCCUACGAGCUUCUGGGUUUAAUUGUGAAAAGUGACCGUGUGUGGAAAGAAUAGCUGAUGUUGCAAACUAUAACUUCUCGGUGAUACCGAUCUACUACGUGGUUUUAAUAUGUGCAUUGCUUGCCCCGUGGACGAUGCUCCAGGAAGCUAUAGCAUAAACUGAUGACUGUUUAUUCUCUUGGCCAAAAACUGAUAAGACUGUUGGAAGAGUUCACCUUUUGACUUUCUUGUACUACUGAAUGCAUGCAGUGAUGCACUCCUGUGCUUAAGUAACGGUUGAUGGUUGAAUGCGGAGGUAUCAGGCUAUGCCUGAGAUACUGAUGA